CGAUCAUGGCAACAACUAAUAACACUUCGCAACGAAACAACUUGAAAAAAACAUAUGAAGAUUUGUUAAAAGUUUUUAAAACGCCGUCAUUGAAACCAGAAUUACAAUUGACAAUUGUUGAGAUCUUUAAUUGUGAUUUAAUUGUCAAUCUUAAUGACCUUUUUUCCAAUCACAACAUCAACCCUAAAGCUCGAAUCUUUAGAAUAUAUGGUAAUAUAAUUCAACUAUCAAGUACUUUAACAAUUCCACCUUUGAAUGGCAGUGGUAUUAUUUUGAUAGUAGCAAGACGAAUAGAAAUUAAACCAGGAUGUCAAAUAAUUGUAAAUUACAAGAAAUCAUUCCGAAUAGUAAUAUACGCUAAAGAAAUAACUUCAAAACUUGAAGUUAUAGCAACAAAUCAACUAAAAAAUGAAUCAAAUUUAUUAAAAUUCGAUGCUAACAUUUCAAAAGAUAAUAAAAAUGUUGGCAAAUCACUUACUAUACGUGAUGACAAGAGCCUUGAAGAUAAGGAUCUAUACAAUUUUGACAAUGUUGUUCUUAAAAAACAUUCAUUCCUUAAAAUGCUACGUUACUCUUUACUUAUUGCAAGCGUCUUAUUUUAUGAUGAACCUGAAAUUACACGAUCAAUUCUCUCUUGGAUUGUUAGAAUAACUAAAGAAUCUAAAGAAGCGAAAGAACUAUGUUAUCAUGGAUUAACAAUCUCCAUUCAACUUAAUACCGUAGAUAGAAAAAAAGAUAAAUUUCAAUUUGUUCCGCCACUUGACAUGAACAUUUACAAAAAACAAAUUGAUAUGUUAAUGGAAUUUACAAAAUAUUAUGAAGAAAAGUAUAAACAGCUUUUAGAUAAUGAACUAAAAAAAGAAAAGCUAGAUGUUUCAUUAGCGGAUCAUUGUGAUCAGGUCGAAAUGUACGAAAAUUUAAAUGAUAUGAAAAAAAAGCGUUACGAAUCAGCGCAAACUUUGACGAAAAAAAUUGAAAGUGUGCUUCAA